AGAGGCCCGCCUUCCGAAGGUGGCAGAGCAGCCUCCCCAACUAAGCCUGGGUCGCCGCCUCGGUGAAGGGCCGCGGGGCCGAGCGCGGGAAGUGGCGUCCAGUCGGUUUUUGGCAGGCGAGAGCCAGACCGUGAGAACCCUCCCACGGCGAGGCCAAGCCCUGAGACUGGACCUAGCAAGGUCGUGAGUCUCUCUGUCAGCUCUCCGCAGCGAAGGGGCGCGGGGGGCGGGGACCGUGCCCGACCGUGCCAGCUCCCGCCCCGGAAGCGGAAGUACAAGCACUGCGGGGUCCUGUCCAGUGUGAGCCCGACCCGAGCUCCAGUAGUUCCGCCCGCUGGUCAUCGCGCCCUUUCCCCUGCCGGUGUCCUGCUGGCCGUCCCCGCCAUGCUGUCUCUAGACUUUUUGGACGAUGUGCGGCGGAUGAACAAGCGGCAGCUCUAUUAUCAAGUCCUAAAUUUUGGAAUGAUUGUCUCAUCGGCACUAAUGAUCUGGAAGGGGUUAAUGGUAAUAACUGGAAGUGAAAGUCCAAUUGUAGUGGUGCUCAGUGGCAGCAUGGAACCUGCAUUUCAUAGAGGAGAUCUUCUCUUUCUAACAAAUCGAGUUGAAGAUCCCAUACGAGUGGGAGAAAUUGUUGUUUUUAGGAUAGAAGGAAGAGAGAUUCCUAUAGUUCACCGAGUCUUGAAGAUUCAUGAAAAGCAAAAUGGGCAUAUCAAGUUUUUGACCAAAGGAGAUAAUAAUGCGGUUGAUGACCGAGGCCUCUAUAAACAAGGACAACAUUGGCUAGAGAAAAAAGACGUUGUGGGGAGAGCCAGGGGAUUUGUUCCUUAUAUUGGAAUUGUGACGAUCCUCAUGAAUGACUAUCCUAAAUUUAAGUAUGCAGUGCUCUUUUUGCUGGGUUUAUUCGUGCUGGUUCAUCGUGAGUAAGAAGCCUGCCUUGCUGUUCCUGGGAAGAUGCCAUAGUUUUCGUUACUGGAUGUUUGGAGUAGAUACUGGUCUGUGAUUGGUGGAAUGGAGAACACACGUGUUGGUGCUUCUGAGUAGCACUGGUUUGCAUUAGUUUAUGUUUCCACGCCAGAGUUUGUGUGGGCGGGCGCAUGUGCACCACAGAGUGCACUCGAGGGGACUUUCAGUCACAGGAUUUCAUAAUUAUCAUUGUCACACUUUCAAAUUUUUGUACAUCAGUGAAUUUUUUUAUAUUAAAAGGUUGAGCCAAAGCCCCCAGUGUUUGUAUUUUGAAGCCAAGCUUCACUUCUAAAGUGCCUACAGAGACUUGUAAAUGAAAAUGCAGCUCUGCACGAGUUUGAAACCGUCAUACCUCCUUCUAUUAGGAAUGGCAUAUACUGAGGUGGUCGUAAGUCUUAACUUUUAAAAUUUUAAAUAAAAGACUUUGCACAUUCAA